AUGAUUCUCUUGACAUUCCUUUCUGUUUGUAUUCUAGGUACAAGUGUCAUUCAUGCCAAUGACAAUCAACAACCUUCUUUGAUACGCCUUCCUUUUAUUGAAAAAACAUAUCCAACAGAUUCUAUUAUCAAACGUGAUGGAUAUCAAAAUUUGUUAUACAAUUCUCAUUCUUCACAAUACCUUAUUCAUGUUGAUAUCGGUACUCCUGGUCAAACAUUUGCUGUCACUUUAGAUACUGGAAGUGGUGAUUUAUGGGUCCCUUCUACAGAUUGUCCAUCAGUCGUUUGCCCUGUGCCUAAAUUUAAUCCAACACAAUCAUCUACAUAUAACAAUACUACUAUACCUUUCAAGAUUACUUAUGGAUUAGGAUCAGCCAAUGGAACUUAUAUCAAGGAAACUGUGACAAUAGGUGGUGCAGUAGUAAAACAACAACAACUGGGUUUAGCAAUUGCAUCUAGCAAUAUUUUUACUCGAAUGACUGCGCUUGGUUUACGAAAUACGACAUCAGACGAUCAAGUUCCUGCCAGUGGUAUUUUGGGAUUAGGUUAUCCAGGUUUAACUUCUAUUGCACAUCAAAAUGGAUCAGCUUAUAAUCCAUUUGUUUUCAACUUGUUACAACAAAACUUGAUACAAAAUCCGAUCUUCUCUAUUUACUUAAAUAAUGCUCAAACACUCGGAUGGUCUGGUGAAGUGAUCUUUGGUGGUAUAGACAAUACGAAAUAUUCUGGUUCCAUUAAUUAUGUACCUGUGCAACAAACAACUGCUGGUGCAAGCUCAACUGGAUAUAUGUUCUGGACUGUUCUUGGUCAAGGCUUUAAUGUCAUCGGUGGCAAAGGCAAUACAUCUAGUUUACAAUUCUCAUCUCCUGUACCAUCUAUCAUCGACACUGGCACUACAUUAUCUUAUCUUCCUCUGAACAUGGUCAAAGGUCUGAUGCUUUCUAUUUUUGGUCCUGGUGUAUAUCAACAAGAUGUCAGUACUGGGAUGUUUAUGGUAGAUUGUGCUAUGGCUUCUGAAAGUAACGUCACCGUUCAAUUCCAAAUGACAAGUUCUUCUUCAGCAACCAAUAAUUCUGCUGCCGUGAUCAAUGUAGCAUUGACAGAUAUGAUACUUCAAGAUGCAAGUGGAUGUUAUUUGGCUGUGGCACCUUCUGAUGAUACUUCCUCUUCUACUUUUGGCCCAUCCUCGACUCUGAUUGGUCAAUCCAUUUUACGAAGUGCUUAUAUGGUAUUUGAUAUGCAACAAAAUCGUAUUGGCUUUGCACAAACUAUUUUUACUUCGGCAACUAACAACAAUAACAGUAAUAAUAGUGGUGGAUCAUCUGGUGGUGGAAAGAAUGGUAGUACUAGUGGAUCUUCAAUAGUUAAUUUGAAUCAUGGUUGGAAUAGAAUAAUAUUAGUUAGUGUAUUUGUUUAUUAUUUGUAUUUAUUGUAA